AUGAAUUUCUUGAUACGUUCUACAACGAGCGUGUACUCAGAACGCACUCCGAUUCCUGAACCUCGCGCUGAUGUUCAUCACCGAUCAGCAUCCGCUGGAUCUUCUUACGAGGCUCAUAAAUCUGACGCUCCUUACUCGCGGUAUGAUUGUGAUGUUGAAUUGAAUUCGAAACAUCGCGAUUUGCCGGCUGUGGUUGUUGAUAAGCACAUUGAUGUUUCUGAAGAUGAAGGAUGGAUCACCAUUCCGUGCAGGGAACUUCCUGAAAACUGGGAUCAUGAGCCAGAUAUACAAUCAUUGCGCCCUCUUGAUCGUUCCUUUCUUUUUCCGGGUGAACAAGUUCAUAUCUUGGCAUGCUUGUCUGCAUCUAAGCAGGAUACACAGAUUACUACUCCAUUUGAAGUUGCAGCAAUGAUAAGUAAAAAUGGCCGAGGUCAAAGCCUCGAGAAAGAAAAUGGAAGCAUUGAAAACAGAAAUACUUUAGUAUCUGGAGAAGAAUUGAGUACCAGCGGUGAAGAGCAGCCGGAAGUUCACAAUAGACAAACUGCAUUGCUGUUGCAAAAAUUUGAAAAUUCUCACUUCUUUGUGAGGAUUUCUGAGGCCAAUGAGCCCCUUUGGUCCAAAAGAAGCUCUGUAGAAUCUUUUUCCAGUUCUUUUGAAGCCAAUAGUCAGAAAGGCCCAACAAUUAAAACUAAAGAGAACACACUUCCUUCCAUUGGUACAGUUAUUGAUAAAGGAAAUUUUGAUGCAACUGUUUGUGGCGGAACGGCAAGAAAUUCUGUCAAGUGUUUUGCUUUACCUAAUGGAGACAUAGUGGUUCUUUUACACGCGAAUGUUAGUGUAAAUUUUCUUAAAGACCCUUGUAUAGAAGUUCUCCAAUUUGAAAAGUGUCAGGAGAGAACGUUGUCUCCCAAUAGUCAGGUGAAAGAAGUUUGUACAAAUCAAGAUCCAUGUGCAGAGCUGUUAAAUUGGAUACUUCCGUUGGAAAAUGUGAGGCCUCCUACGCGCCCAGAAUCUCAUCAUCAUUUAACUUCAAAUUCAGGAAUUGGUAGCACUUCUCAUAGGUCCAACUAUUCAGCACCAACUGGCUCUCCAUUAUUUGCUUUUGGAAAUUUCCGAAGUUACUCCAUGUCAUCAUUACCGCAAACUACAAACGCACCCAGUGCUCCUGUUAAAGCAGCUAGUUCUAAGCCAAACUUUGACCUAGAGGAUUGGGAUCAAAUUUCAUCUCAAAGUUAUUUUUGGAAAAAAACUGGGGUGGAAGAACUUCUAUCUUUUCGAGGUGUCUCAUUGGAGCGAGACAGGUUUUCUGUUUGUUGUGGAUUAGAAGGCGUCUAUAUACCUGGUAGAAGGUGGAGAAGGAAUCUUGAAAUAAUUCAACCUGUAGAGAUUCAUUCUUUUGCUGCUGACUUUAAUUCAGAGGAUCUUCUUUGUGUUCAGAUAAAGAAUGUUGCUCCUGCACAUGCUCCAGAUAUUGUGAUAUUUAUAGAUGGCAUAAAUAUCAUAUUCGAGGAGUCUACAAAAAAUGGAGCAGUGUCAUCAUUUCCAAUUUCAUGUGUUGAAACUGGAAAUGAUCAUUCUUUACCAAAUCUAGCCCUCAGGAGAGGUGAAGAACAUUCUUUUAUCGUUAAACCAGAAACUUCUACAUUGAAGAGUCUCAAGGCUCAGGAUGAUAGAAAUUCCCGUUUGUCAAAGCUACCAUAUGGAAAUAAAACAUCAACAUUAAGUCUUGAUCACUAUGCAAUCAUGGUGUCAUGUCGAUGCAAUUAUACAUCAUCAAGGUUAUUCUUUAAACAACCAACUAGUUGGAGACCACGAGCCUCGCGGGAUAUCAUGAUCUCUAUUGCAUCACAGAUGUCUGGAAAACCUCCUGGAGCUUAUGAAAAAACUUAUCAACUUCCUGUGCAGAUCUUAACACUUCAAGCUUCAAAUUUGACAUCUGAAGAUCUGACUUUGACAGUUCUAGCUCCAGCUUCAUUUACUUCACCCCCUUCAGUAGUUUCCCUGAAUUCACCGACGACUCCCAAGAGUCCUUUUAUUGGUUUCGCAGAGUUUUUAGCAAGAACAAAUGGUGAAAGAAGUAUUGGUGCCAGAUGGAAAAAGAGCUUCAAUUCUGUUAUGAAAAAGAAAGUGGAACAAAGUUUCGAUGUCAAAGCUCAGACAGUAUCUUUGAGUGAUGAUGUCAUUCCCAGUUCUGGUAUUAGUUGUACACAUCUAUGGUUGCAAAGCAGAGUUCCACUUGGAUGUAUUCCAUCUAAAUCUGUAGUCACUCUCAAGCUUGAACUACUUCCAUUGACUGAUGGCAUAAUUACAUUGGACUCUCUGCAAAUUGAUGUCAAGGAAAAAGGUGUUGCCUAUAUGCCUGAAUGCUCCAUGAAGAUAAAUUCAACUUCCAGCAUCUGCAAGGGGAUUAUGUAG